AUGGCAAGCAUCGCGUCCUUCUUCUCCUCAUUUAUCUCGACAACCCACGCCGACUCGGAGGAAAAGGCGGCAGCCGACACUGAAGUCGUCGUCGAGGAGCAGGCUGAGGAGGAGGAGCCAGAGGAUCUCCAACCUGUCAUCCGCGACGAGUGCAAGGCGUCAGCGAAGUGCGCUGCACUGACGAAACACUUCGAGCAUUGCCAAGAGAAGGUUUCGGCUGGUGAAGGUUUCAAGGGAGAGGAUUGCGUUGAGGAACUUCCAGUAAGUCCUGUUGCCGAACCGUCUGAUGAAUUCAAGCUUAGGCGAAUCGUCUCUCUGUCCAGCAUGAUGCACUGUGUCGAUGAUUGUGCAGGCCCGAAGCUUUUCGCCAAGCUGCGUUAG